UGUGUGAGCGAACGUUCCCUGUGUCUAAAGGCGCUUGCCCAAAGCCCACACGUCGCUACAGCUUUCAACGAGGACAUCGAGCCGCUUUCAGCAUGGAGAGACGGUGCUCGGGAAGGGGAUGAAACUACAGUACUUUCUGCCACUCGACUCCUCCCACUCCCCCCCUCCCCCCCUCCUCCCCUCCUCCCCUCCCCACCACCCACUUUUCCAUCUGCAUCUGUAAUCGUUGACAGGCUCCCAGCCCACUGCGUUCAGCGGUAAACAGAAGAGUGGCAGCCGCCACUUGCAGCCUCGCCACUUGUCUCGCUGGUGCCGCGUUCGACAAUUUGCUGUAAAAUGGAUCACAGGAGAGACGGGAACCGAGGACGCUCUACUCUACUUCGAAAGUUCAGGACAUGGGGGUCCAGCUCGCCACAUCACCGGGAGAAAUGAUCAACGCACUAGACCUUAAAUGUCUCUGAUCUGCAAUCACCCAUCACCCCGAUCUCGCACAAACCUCUCUCACUCUGCAGACUGAAGUUUGUUGUCCCUGGGAUGAAGCUGGUGAUGUUUGUCUUUCCCCGGUGGCACACCCGGACCAGUGGGAUAGAUUUCCUGGGCAUCCGACUGCACGGCCCAUUGAAAGGAGCUUGGUACUCGGCCAUGACGUGCUCCCGCCAGCCAGCCUUGUCAUCCGGCUUCGGUGGUUUCACCUCCGCCACCCAAAGAUUCGCCCUGCUCUUGCUCUGCGCCAGCGUGGCGGGCAACGCGUCCGUCAUCUGCCCCUCGGUCUGCAUCUGUGCCAGCGACAUCAUUACGUGCACCAAUAAAAAUCUGACCACUGUGCCGAGGACUCUGUACAAAGUCGCGACCAGUUUGGACGUGAGCUACAACAGCAUCAGCCUUCUUGGCUCUAACUGGGCGCCGACCAUGUUGGACAGACUCAAAACCCUCAUCCUCAAUCACAACAGCAUCGGCUUGCUCUCCAAGAGGGCCUUUUGGUCCACCCCUCAACUGAGGUAUCUCGACCUGUCCUCCAACAAGUUGAAACGUUUGGGCAACUCGUCCUUUCAAGGGUUACAUUCUCUGGAGGUGCUGCUGCUGUACAACAACCAGGUCGCCCAGGUCAGCGUUGGGGCGUUCGAGGGUUUGCACAAACUUCAUAAACUCUACCUGAGUCAGAACCUGAUCUCACGCUUCCCGCUAGAGCUGUACAAAGGCUUGUCUAGACUGCCACACUUGGAACUCGUGGACCUGUCCUUCAAUAAAUUGACUUCUGUCCCAGUGCUGCAGCUAACUGCGCUGCCAGUGAAGCAGCAGAGCGGCUUGUACCUGCAUGCCAAUCCAUUUACCUGCGAUUGUUCUUUCUACACGAUGGUCACCUACUGGUAUAAGAGGCAGUUUAGAUCGGCGGUGGACUUCAAAGAAGAUUACAGAUGUUAUUUUCAGCUGGGCGCUAAGAGAAGUGUCAGUGUUUUGCUGAUCCACGACGAUCUUUUGAAUUGCUCUAACAGUGCGGUGAAUGGCUCGUUCCACGCGUUGGGGAUGCUCUACGAGGCGCAUUUAGGGGAGAGGGUGGUGAUCAACUGUGAUAGCAAAAUCCUGGACGAGAACACCAACGUGCUUUGGGUCACACCCGAGAAUGAAACGCUGCAAUCUGGCGUUCAAAGGCAGGGGCCGCAUGUGUUGUUGAACGGCAGUCUGGAAAUCCAGGAGGCGCAGGUUGAAGAUGCGGGGGUCUACACUUGCGUUGCCAUUAACAGCAGGCGCAUGCUAAACGAGACGGUGGAGGUGACACUGAAGGUGCACAACUUCACGCAGAGCAAGCACCGAUCGCACACCUUCAACACGGCCUUCACCACCUUGUCCGCCUGCCUGGCCAGCAUCAUUUUGGUCUUGGUCUACCUUUACCUGACCCCCUGCCGCUGCUGGUGCAAGUCAAAACACAGGCACCGAAAGCCGAAGGAAAACAGCGCCCACUCCUCCAUCCUCAGCGCCACCCCUUCGCAUGAUGCUGGCGCCGACAGGAAAGCCAGCACUUGCAAGCGGGUGGUCUUCCUGGAACCCAUCAAGGAGCCGCUCAAGGGGCAGAACGGGAAGAUGAAGCUGCUCCCCACCAGCCACGCAGUGGCCGAGAAGAUCCUGAAGGCCAACAGAGGCAAGGCGGACGCCGACUCCAUCAGCUCCGUGUUCUCUGAUCACCUCACCGUCUCUUAAUCCUAGCUCCAUGGAUGCGUUUCAGCCAGAGAUACAUUGCUGGCCAUUAGACACGUUGAGAUGACCCAUCACCCAGAGACAUUGGGAUAUCGGGUACAUCUCCCUGCCUUAUGAGAGACGAGAGCAGGAGUGCAGAGAGUUUGUACCUGUCCUGAGCCGUCGUGUCGUCACGGAGAGUAUUUUUUUGCAAACUAGUUCAAUGUCUGUAGCAGCGGAAGAUCCAGAGAAGGCGAGUGCAAUUCUAGCAACUGGAUUUUGCAUAUUUCACUUUACUUUAUCUCAAGUAAUAUCCAAACAAAAACAGCUUGGCGCACUUGUGCGAUGAACCUUUAUACAAGCCGUGACCAUGCCGCAUGCUUGCAAGUAUAAGGUUAAACUGAAAUCGGCCGUCUCGAAGCACGCCUGGGGAUUUUGCUAAAUCCUUAUAAACCAAGAGAAAAACAAUGCCUCGUUAUUGAAUGUCAUGUGCACCGAUACAUAGUAUGCAAUGCUAACUUUAAUAACCAAGGAAGCUAUGUAAAAUGAUAGAUCAGCCGUGCAUUGACUACAAUCUUGCUCCAUACUUUUCUUUUCAUAUACCUUGUGUCAGAAUUACAUUUCUUAAUCCCAAAGACAGGCUGUUUUUCGGAUCAGUUUGUUAUGGAGUCAGUCAUACAGCGUGGAAACAGACCCUUCGGUCCAACUUGCCCACUCCGACCAACAUGUCCCACCUGUUCUACCCGGUUCCACCUGCCUGCGUUUGGCCCAUAUCCCUCUAAACCUGUGUAUCCACGUCCCUGUCUAAAUGUUUCUUAAACGUUACGAUAAUACCUGCCUUAACUACCUCCUCCAGCAGCUGGUUCCAUAUACCCGCCAACCUUUAUGUGAAAAAGUUAUCCCUCAGGUUCCUAUUAAAUAUUUCCCAGCUCACCUUAAACCUAUGUUUGGUCUGGAUGUCCCUACUCUGGGCAAGAGACUCAGUGCAUCUACCCAACAUAUUCCUCUCAUGAUUUUGUACACCUCUAUAAGAUCACCCCUUACCCCCCUGCGCUGCAAGGAAGAGACUUCUAGCCCGCUCAAUAGACAUACAGAAUCUUUAAUUUCCCAGUUGCUAUGUCCACACACAUUUCCUGUUUAAUUUUGUAUUGUAAAUUAAAGUUCUAUACAAAGCUUUACAAUUGGUGCCCAUAUUACUAAGAUGAACGCUAUGGGCAUAAAAUAAUGUCAUUCAUUCACCUAUUGAUCAAGAUUCUACCUAGAGCUUUCAGACCUAGCAGACCUGGCCACAGUCUUAGAAUAAAGAGGAGGCCAUUUAGGACUGAGGCGAGAAAAAACAUUUUCACCCAGAGAGUUGUGAAUUUGUGGAAUUCCCUGCCAUAGAGAGCAGUGGAUGGAUUUAAGAGAGAGUUAGAUAGAGCUCUAGGGGCUAGUGGAAUCAAGGGAUAUGGGGAGACGGCAGACACGGGUUAUUGAUUGGGUAUGAUCAGCCAUGAUCACAAUGAAUGGCGUUGCUGGCUCGAAGGGCCAAAUAGCCUCCUCCUGCACCUAUUUUCUAUGUUUCUAUUUAACUACAAAGAACCAGUUCUAUUCAUGUUACAAUGGAGUAAAUAAAGAUUGCCGUCGUUAAUAGUAACAAUUCAUCAAUGAGAACAUUAAUGGCUGCCAACUGAUGGAAUUAUCUAGAAAACACAUCACUAAAAUACUGGAUUCAUAGCUUGCAAAUGCCAUUCUAUCGAUCGGUAUUCACAAAUGCUGGCAUUAGGCAAUAUCAAUGGGAUGUGAGUUUUAUCAGUUCAUCUUUAGCAACAGAAACUGUCCAGGGAAGGAUUUAAAAGGAAUUCUGAUGUGUCUGUUUAUUUCGGCUUCCUCAAGCAUACUUGCCAUGCUUCUAACCAACACGCAAUGUUGUGGUACCAGGUACAGGCAGUUCUGUCUAACUUCAGAUGUGGAAGUACAACCAAACAAGCUAAUACAAAUACAAUUCUAUCAUCGGUUAUUUCACAUUAUACAACUUAAAUUUAAUUUUACAAACUAUUCCAAACAUAAAUAUGUAUAGUCAGGAACUAAAGUGUUUACUUCGAAUGUGAACUUGUUCAAUUACUAGUUUGUACUGAUGUAUUUCAGAAAAAAAUAUAACAGUCUGUAAAUGCAGUAUUUUGUAGUAUCAAUUUACUGUAGGAGAUAUUUAUCUUUGUUACCAUAAUCUUAGAGAUAUUAUUGUAAAAUGUAUAUGAUAUCUACAAUUCCCUUUGAUAUCUAUUGUCUUGGUUUGUAAUAUCCAGUUCUCAAAGCUGUAGAUUUAAAAUAGACACAUGUUGUUAGAAAUUCAAAAAUAGGCAAAAUUAUGUAUAGGA